AAUAUAUGUGUGCAUGUGAACUUGCGGAAGAUCUCAAACGUCCAUACCAACGAAAAACUCUUACUUCUCUCCCAAGUCCCAAGCUCUCUUUCUCACUCUCUCUAUCGCCCUCGGAGAAGGAAAGCAUGGGUCAGGGAACUCCGGGCGGUUUGAACCGAGGUCUACCCGGAGAUCGAAAGGCCAACGGCUCCGACAAGAAGGAGAAGAAAUUCGAGCCCGCGGCCCCGCCGGCUCGAGUCGGUCGCAAGCAGCGGAAGCAGAAGGGCCCCGAGGCGGCGGCUAGGCUCCCGACCGUGACGCCAUUGACCAAGUGCAAGCUCCGGCUCCUCAAGCUGGAGCGCGUGAAGGACUAUCUCCUCAUGGAGGAAGAGUUCGUGACGAACCAGGAGCGGCUCAAGCCGCAGGAGGAGAAAGCCGAGGAGGACAGAUCCAAGGUAGACGAUCUCAGGGGGUCGCCGAUGAGCGUUGGGAACCUGGAGGAGCUCAUCGAUGAGAACCACGCGAUUGUGUCGUCCUCGGUGGGGCCUGAAUAUUACGUGGGGAUCUUGUCUUUCGUGGACAAGGAUCAACUCGAGCCUGGCUGCGCCAUCUUGAUGCAUAAUAAGGUUCUCUCUGUUGUUGGGCUUCUUCAAGAUGAAGUUGAUCCAAUGGUGUCUGUAAUGAAGGUUGAGAAGGCUCCUCUAGAAUCAUAUGCUGACAUUGGUGGCCUAGAUGCCCAGAUACAGGAGAUUAAAGAGGCAGUUGAACUCCCUUUAACGCAUCCUGAAUUAUACGAAGACAUUGGUAUCAAGCCUCCUAAGGGGGUCAUAUUGUAUGGGGAACCUGGAACGGGCAAGACUUUGCUUGCAAAGGCGGUAGCAAACUCAACAUCGGCAACUUUCUUGCGUGUUGUUGGCAGUGAAUUGAUUCAAAAAUACUUGGGUGAUGGCCCAAAAUUAGUGAGGGAACUCUUCAGAGUAGCUGAUGACCUCUCACCUUCAAUUGUUUUCAUUGAUGAAAUUGAUGCAGUCGGUACAAAGAGGUAUGAUGCCCACUCAGGUGGAGAACGUGAAAUUCAAAGGACUAUGCUGGAAUUGCUGAACCAGUUGGAUGGUUUUGAUUCAAGAGGAGAUGUCAAAGUGAUUCUUGCUACAAACAGGAUUGAAAGUCUUGACCCAGCUUUGCUUCGGCCCGGCCGAAUAGAUAGAAAGAUUGAGUUCCCUCUUCCUGAUAUCAAGACAAGGAGGCGCAUUUUCCAGAUACACACAUCAAGGAUGACAUUGGCUGAUGAUGUCAACUUAGAGGAAUUUGUUAUGACUAAGGAUGAAUUUUCUGGAGCUGAUAUAAAGGCAAUUUGCACUGAAGCUGGCUUGCUUGCUUUAAGAGAACGCCGUAUGAAGGUAACACAUGUGGACUUCAAGAAGGCAAAGGAGAAGGUGAUGUUCAAGAAGAAAGAAGGGGUGCCGGAGGGACUUUAUAUGUGAAGAUAUAAUCCCUCACACGUACUUCACUGUAGAAUCUGUGUCUGCGUUUUGGAUUUGGAACUUAUUUUAUUUAUAAUCUUGUUGUUUGAGUUCUAAGAUUAUUCAUUCACUCAGACAAUUGCAAUCCUUUGUUGAAAGAAGGUGGUUCUCAUUUUAAUGUUUA